AUGCCCGCAGAGAGGACGAACAAGGCGCUGAAGCGAUCGGACUCGAUGGGCAAUCAGUUUGUGUGGGCCCCCCAGCACGAGUCGCAGUCUAUCCCUGCACCUGCUUCCUCCGAGCAGCUCUCUUUCGCAACUAACAUGACCCCGUUUACCUUCAACGACGGCCCGCCUCCGCUCGUUGACGCACCGCCGACCGAGUUCAUCCUCUUCCCCCCGCCCGAGGAAUCCAACGGCAACGGGGGCGCACCAUCCAAACGCACUCCCCACUCCAAGAAGAAGCCCGAGAACCACAUCCCGCGCCCGCCCAAUGCCUUCAUCCUCUUCCGCUCGUCCUUCAUCAAGAGCCAGCACGUCUCCACCGAGGUCGAGACGAACCACAGCACGCUCUCCAAGAUCAUCGGGCUCACCUGGCAGGGCCUCUCCGAGGACGAGCGUCAGAUCUGGCACACCAAGGCCAAGGAGGCGCUCGACGACCACAAGCGCAAGUUCCCCAAGUACGCCUUCCGCCCAGUGCAGACCCGGACGAAGGGCGGCGCUGCAAGCGGUGCGGGCCCAGGCGGGACGCAGCAGCAGGAGAAGAGGAAGGUGCGCGAAGUCGAGCCGAAGGACAUCAAGCGGUGCACGAAGAUCGCGCAGCUCCUGGUCGAGGGGAAGAAAGGGACCGACCUCGAGAGCGCGAUACAGGAGUUCGACAAGCACCAUGUGCCGGAGAUCGUGACGCGCUUCGAGGCGCCGAUUACGGCGCGCAGCUACAGAAGGUCGUCGUCUGCCCCGGUGGAGGACACGGAGAACUCGCGCGCGAGCGGGUCGUUCCUCCAGAGCGUCAUCUCUGGGUCCGUUUCGUCCCCCUCGAAGAAACGCCGCGCGGCGAGUACGCGGUGCUCGACGCCACAGUCGCUCCGUGCCUCGUCGCCCAAGGCGACUCCGAGCCCCGUCGUGCACGCCCAGGCCCUCCCGCUCAAGCAGGAAACUUCGAUGGCCUUCUCUGCGUUCUCGUUCGACAACAUCGCCUCAUCACCCCUCCCAACUACGCCCUACGAUCAGAGCGAGUUUGUCGACCCGCUCUCCUCUCCCUUCGGCGAUGGGCAUUUCAAUGAUGGCCACUUCAACCCCGGCCUCACAAUCGACACCUCGUUCGACAUCAGUAUGGCGGACUGGCCCGCCACGACCUCCACACCCUCGCCGAUGACACCCAUGUCGCCUGCGCCCACAACGCCCGAAUACCUCCUCAGCCCCAAUCUGAGCCCCAUGAUCUCCUCACCCACGCCCUCCUUCGCUGCAAGCUUCGACGCAUUCGACCAGCUGCACGAGAUGCAGGGCAAGCAGACGCCGUUCUUACUCGACGACUUCUCGAGCCACUUCGGGAUGGACUUCAGUUCGCCGUGCGGCGCUGUGGCGGAGCAGCACCACCUGGGCGGCGUUGGCGUGCAAGGAAUGUGUGGCGGCGUCAUGGGCGACGCUUCCAUGUACGCCCAAUACCAACAUGCCCAGCCGCAGAUCGUACCCGCGUUCAGUUCGUUCGACGCGGUCGACGAGGCGUUCACGGGUUAUAUGAGCGCCCAUGGUUGGUGA